AUGCUUCCUCUUCUAGGCCUCCUUGGCCUCGCUGCGCCAGCGACAGCAAGCUACGCCUUCUACGUCGGCAAGAACCUCACGGAAUCGGGACAUGUCCUCCUCGGAGGCACCGGCGAGGAAGUGUCGUCGCAUUGGCUACAGCUCUUCCCAGCCCAGGACCAUCCCUCCAAUGCCACCAUCACCGUCGGCGUGACCCAAGAUGCAUCCUAUCCCGGUAAGCUCAUCACCAUCCCGCAGGUGAACCACACGUGGCGAUACAUGAGCAUGGAGUACUCUGAUUUCGAGGGGUUCCCGGCGCCACUGACCAACGGUGGCCUGAAUGAAAAGGGCGUAGCCGUGCGGGACGUUUGGGCCAGCAACCGCGAUGAGUUGACCGAGAUGACACCCAACCCCCAGACCGGCGUGCAGUACAGCGAUCUGGCGAGAAUUGUCAUGGAGCGUGCGUCGACCGCACGCGAGGGCGUCGAGAUCAUUGGUGACCUGAUCAAGAAGCAUGGCUUCGCCACGUACGGUGGCAACUCCCACCUGAUCGCCGACAAGGUCGAAGGCUGGGUCGUCUGGGAGUUUGCUGGGGGCGAGAAGCUCUGGGCCGCCGAGCAGCUGGGUCCUGACGUUGUCAGGGUCUCGUAUCCGGGCUACAUUGAGGAGUUCCCCGUCGACUUUGCCGGUUCGCGUGACUACAUGGGCUCCGAGAACCUCGUGGACUUUGCCGUCGCGCAAGGCUGGUGGGACCCCGAUGGCGACGAGCCCUUCAAUGUGUUCAAGGCCUAUGGCGUACAGUGUGACAGCUACCACGCGCGCACCGGCGGGUUCAAGUACAUGUCGCAGGCCGCGCUCGAGAACGCGACGCUUGCCAUGGUGCCCGUGACCGAAAAGGAUCUCAUGAAACGCGUACGUGACCCUCGCAUCUGUGAUGACCAGCCCGGGUACGGCCAGGUGAUCCGUGUCUACGAGCCCGAGGACCCUGAUCUGUACCUGAUUUGGAAUGCCGCCACCGGCUCCGUCGCCGCGCCCUUUGUGCCGUGGUAUCUGGGUGUUGAGGAUGUGCCUCCUGAAUUCGGCCAGCACCGCUACCUGACCACAGUCUUUGCCGGUCGCGUCUUCAAGCGCGUGCUGUACUAUAUGUGUUCUGCGCCCAAGCGCUUCCUCCCCCUCGUCACCGACAUGUACACCUCCUUUGAGGAGGAGUCUGCCGCAGCCGCUACUACGUGGGUCGAGACGGCGGCAAAGAUGCUGCUGGAGGCCGGAGACCGCGACGCUGCCCGCAAGAUGCUGACCUUCUUCUCCCACACGCGUGCCUACAAGUCCCUGGAGAUUGGCAAGACUCUCACUGAUGCCUUGGACGGGUAUAUCAAGCUGUCUGGCGUGUGGCAGACACCCAAGGGCGAUUUGAUCAACGAAAUGGGGAGCAACGAGAGGAUGAAUUGCUUGACAGGGAUCAACCCAGACAAGCCGGCGGACCAACAGUGA